GAGGUUGGUGAAUGACCACUGAACAGAAAUUCUUCCUGUUCCAGCCUGGGGGCUCUCCUCCAACUGCAUAUAUAAGUGAAAGCAGAAGUGGCCUCAUUGAACUUGUACCUUGCAAAGGAGAAAGCUCUAGUGAGAGUGAAGCUCCAGCGAGAGUGAACUGCAACUGAGAAAGCGAAUACCCGGGUUAAAAGUCUAGAGUCAUGGCUGAUAAAGACAGGAGACCACCUCCACCCACUCAUGUUGGGCGCAGCAACAUCCCUCCCGUCUCCUCUAACGUAGAGGAAGACACCCUCCCUGAGUUUGAACCCUUUGGCAUUCCCAGAGGACCGCCCAAUCUGAGAGAUUUCCUAGAUAUAUGGGAUGUUAACAUGCUGAAGAAUCAAGAUGAAAUUAACAAAAAGGAGCACCACACAGAUCUGUAUGACAACGUCAGACUAAUUGUGCGUCGAGGGCAGCCGUUCCAGAUCCAAUUAACAUUCAACAGGCCUUACAACCCUGAUAAGGACCAGUUCUGUGUUGAAUUCCUCAUUGGUGGUUCUCCACAAGUCAGCAAAGGCACUUAUAUACCCAUAUUCCCCAACCAAGAGCAAGUUAAAGGUGAAUGGGGAUGCAGAAUACUGCAGAGUGAAGAUAAUGUUGUCACCCUGUCCAUCACUCCGGCUGCAGACUCCAUUGUGGGAAAAUUCCGGAUGUAUGUAGCCAUAAUGACGCCUUAUGGGAUCCGCAGAACAGCAAGGAAUCCUGAAAGAGACAUUUACAUUCUUUUCAAUCCAUGGUGUGAAGAUGACUCUGUGUACCUGGACAACGAGGCAGAAAGAAACGAGUAUGUCUUGAAUGAUGCGGGAACCAUUUACUACGGGGAAGCCAGUAACGUGGAAACCAGGCCUUGGAUUUUUGGUCAGUUUGAAUAUGGUGUUUUGGAUGCCUGCCUCUAUGUAAUGGACAAUGCACAGAUGCCUCUGACUGGAAGGAAAGACCCUGUCAAAGUCAGUCGCGUAGCAUCUGCCAUGGUGAACUCGAAGGAUGAUGAUGGGAUUGUUGUGGGCAGCUGGUCUGGUGAUUACUUAUAUGGUGUGGCUCCAACAGCCUGGACUGGUAGUGUUGAAAUCCUGCUCAAUUAUGCCAGUAGUGGGGUCCCAGUGUGCUAUGGGCAGUGCUGGGUCUUUGCUGCUGUCUUCAAUACCUUUCUGCGCUGUCUGGGGAUGCCUGGCAGGGUUGUCACUAAUUUCUUCUCAGCUCACGACAAUGAUGGGAAUUUAAAAAUGGAUGUAAUUCUGGACGAGAAUGGACAAUUCAUGCCCUCUUUAACAAAGGACUCAAUCUGGAAUUACCACUGCUGGAAUGAGUGCUACAUGUCCAGACCUGACAUUCCAGCUGGCUUUGGUGGAUGGCAGGCAGUAGAUGCAACUCCUCAGGAAACAAGCGAUGGAAUGUACAGAUGUGGUCCAGCUUCAGUCAAAGCUAUAAAACAUGGUCAAAUAUGUUAUAAAUAUGAUGCUCCAUUUAUUUUUGCUGAGGUUAACAGUGAUGUUGUUUACUGGAAAAGGAUGAGGGAUGGGACUCAAGAACCCAUUAAAGUCAACAAGCAUCAUGUGGGAGAGAUGGUAUUGACAAAGGAAGUUGGCCGGGAUGAAAUAAAGAACAUUACUGAUCAGUAUAAAUUCCCAGAAGGAACUGAGGAGGAAAGGCUGGCUGUGGAUGCUGCAGUGAUGUAUAACCUCAAACGGACACAAAUCACUGAACAGCCGACGGUGGUCAACAUGAAUGUGCGUGUGCAGGACAGAGUGUUCAUCGGGAAUGACUUCAAUCUGACAUUGGAAUUCAAGAACAGCACUGGACAACACCAAACUUUAGUCAUCUACAUUAAUGGAAACAUUGUGUUCUAUACUGGGGUCACCAAAAUGGAAUUUAUGUCCAAAUCACUUGAGUUCACUUUGGGACCUUGGCAGACUAAGACUGAGAAAGUAUUUGUAGAGGGAACGAAGUACAUAAACAAGCUGGUAGACCAGGCAACUCUGCACUUCAUCAUCACGGGACGUGUCAAUGACAACAAGCAGAUUCUCACUGCACAGCACGUCCUCCCUCUGCAGAUCCCAAGACUCACUGUCAAGGUAGAAGGUGUGCCGAAACUGAAUGAAGAAAUAUCUGUAACUGUUGAAUUUACAAAUCCUUUGAAGAAAAACCUGGACAAUGUCUCCAUACGCCUGGAGGGACCAGGGCUGAUGAAAAGCAAAGUGAAGAUGUACAGCUUCAUCCCUCCAAAUUCCUCUCUCAGAUGGACGGAAUACUUCAGGCCCUCAAAAACGGGUGUGAGGAAGCUAGUCGCCUGCCUGGACUGUGCAGCUCUUCACCAAGUACAUGGGGUGACUGAAAUAUAUGUUAAUCCAUAAGGGAAAUAACCAAUAUACUCAUGGCUUAAACAAAUAGCUGUCAGUAUCAGUGGAAUGUUCUAGAUUUUUGGUGCUUAUUUCAUAUUUUGCGCAGGAUUUCAAGUAGAUUCCACUUGCAUUUCAAUAAGAGAAAUCAUGUAUAACACCAGUAUUUCCAUUGUCAUAAGAUAUUACCAAGUAAUUUUGUAUUGUUUCAUGGUAUUACCCUAAACCUAGUCUCAAUCCUAAUCAUAACCUGGUCACUAUUAACAGGUAUUACUAUGUAAUAGGUAAAAUAACAGAUAAAUACCACGAAAAUUACCACAAUUUCUUGAUUCAGAAGCUUGAUCAAAUUUUAUUUAAAAAUGAUUUAAAUGAAAACAAAAGAUUUUGGUAAGAAUGCACCAUCCUUCUGAUGUAUGUUUUCAGUUUUAAAAAUGUAGGUUUGUAUAUUACGCUUUAUGUGAAAAAACUCAGAGAACCAAUUAUAAUGUUCCAUUAAAUAUUUAAAUCAAAUAAUAAAUACCAAAAAAAAAAAACAUUGGACUUUACAUUCAUCUACAUAGGCUGACAGUACAAAUCUACAUCUAUUCCUUGGACCAGCAUCUAAAGGCUUGCUUUUGUUACGCAAAUGCUUUGAGUACUAGCUGAAAAAUAAGCAUUAAUUUACUUUAUGGCAAGUCUUAUUUUUCUAAUUUCUAUAACAUAGUGGGUUUUAUUAGUGUGCUAUAAAAUGCUUACUGCAAUGUAUUUGGACAUACCUGUACUUACUUCAACAUUUUACUAACUGUCUGCUUUAUUAAUUGUUGAAAUGCAUAUUGCAUGUAUUGGCAUAUCUCCAUAUAAAAAUAUUUGUUCUCAUUGUCA